UUAACAUACAUCUUGUACAUUCAGUCAGCUGUUUCGUUUUCUAUGCAAUGCAUAUGGUAAGUAUAUCGAAUUAAUUUCUAAUAUAUUUUGAUUCGAUAACAAAAACAGACGCAUUCACCGCUCGAACACAUUUUGCUGUGCUGAUGCCUGGCUUGCUAUUGGUGCUUGUUUACACGAUGCCCACAGGAGGCGCUGAUUGGUUGCAUUUCUCACGUGACCGACCAACUUUGUACAUUUGACAGAGGAGUAGGUGGGUUUUGGAGAGAUCAGAAAAACGACAGCACGAUAAAAAUUAGAAUUGUUGCACUUUCCAAAUUAAUGAUCAUGAGUUCCUACUUGAUCAAUUCAAAUUACAUCGAACCUUCUUUCCCACCAUGCGAGGAAUAUCAGCAGAAUGGAUACAUGCCCGUGUCCUCUGAUUAUUAUGAGCGGCCGAAAGACGCGGGCUUCCCCCAUCACGAGGAGGCAUCAUACCCGCGAUCAAACUACCAAGAGCCGAGCUAUGAUUACGGUAAUGUGUCAACCAACGGCCUCAACGAUUUCACCGACCGUCAUCACGCGCAACCUCAAUCCGUUCCGCAGAAUCAUGGACCCCGCCUCACCACAGAGAGCUGUGCUGGCUCAACCGCGAACAAGGAUUGUAGCCUCGUGUCAGAGGCUCUCCCAGACGUACAGAAGGGUAAAGAGCCGGUGGUGUAUCCCUGGAUGAAAAAAGUCCAUAUGAAUACUGUGACCGCCAGCUACUCUGGAGGAGUGCCCAAGAGGUCUCGCACCGCCUACACGCGCCAGCAGGCUCUUGAGCUUGAGAAAGAGUUCCACUUUAACCGAUAUCUUACUCGACGUCGACGAGUGGAGAUAGCGCACACUAUGUGUCUUUCUGAGCGUCAGGUGAAAAUCUGGUUUCAGAACCGCCGCAUGAAAUGGAAGAAAGACCACAAGCUGCCAAAUACAAAGAUCCGCUCCUCGAGCUCUGCGCCCUCCAACCUUCACGUGAAAACGGACGCCACUCAGCAGCAGCAAACGCUGCUUCCUACGCCUUGUUCCUCGAACCUAUAGUGCUAGAAGCAAAUCGGCACAAACGGAACUGAACAAGAAAGAAGAACAUAUAGCAGUAUUAGGAUCGGAACUUCACAGGGUUACUUUUUAUUCAGUGUCCGAUGAGGCAACUUAACCUCGCUUUCCCAACCUCUUCCUCCCCUCUAAUUUGAGCUGGAAAACACAUCCUUCCUGUAAAAAUAGUUUCUCUCUCUCUUAAAGGAACAAUAGUAGAAUGUACUUUAACUUGGACAGUGGAUCGUUACGUUUUCUGUCUUUAACCGAGACAUUACCGAGUCUUGUUUGUGAAGAUCUGCGCUAGUUACGCGUGUACAAAAUUGACAUUUUAACUUGAAGGCACAAGUAUAGGAACAAUCUUCCUGGAGUAGUUAUCUUAUUUGUCUUAGUCUCAUAUUUUAGAGUAUUGUUAAGUGUAUUUACGUCAUCAAAGCUGUGAAUAUUCGUGUAUUUGGUUAUUUGUAUAUUGGUGAAUGAUGUCAGGUUGUUUUAGUAAGCCUGUAUGCAAGUAAUUGUAGGCUUCCCGUGAAAAUAAUAAAAUAUUGUGUAUUAUCUA